GUUUAACUAGCUACACAUGCGUACAUCCAAAGAAACGUUUAAGGAAAUACUAAUUUCCGCUGGCAUUAAAGGAAGCAGACAAUCUUCAAGUUCUAAUAAAGAAGGAGAGUCUACUAAACAAAAGGCCAAAAUUCUCCAUCCUCCCAUAGAAACUUUUUGGCAUUUACCUCCAACAAAAGAGCAAAAGAAGUCUACCAAAUCAAGAACCAAGAAAACCAUAAUGUCUUUGACAUUUAAGAGAAAGAGCAAAGAUUUGCAAACAAUUCUUGGAGGAUCACAUGAUCCUAAGGAUGAACAAAUUGUUGAUUCAUUUCGUGAGUUGCUUUUUCUUGAGGGUCAGCAGAUAGAUAAAAACAAUGACUACCAUACACUUUUAAGAUUUCUUAGAAUGAGGGAUUAUGAUCUUCCAAAAGCAAAGAACAUGUAUUUGAACUAUUUGAAGUGGCGAGAGGAGUUUCAUGUGGAUGAAAUUUCCAAGGAGUUCAAGUUUGAGGAAUUCAAUGAGGUUAAACAGUGUUAUCCUCAUGGAUUUCACGGAGUAGAUAGAUAUGGUAGACCAAUUUACAUUGACAGAAUUGGAAUGGUAAAUCUCACUAGGCUCCUUGAAGUAACUACUACUGAGAGAUUUGUGAAAUAUCAUGUGUCUGAACAAGAGAAAACAUUGAACUGGAGAUUCCCUGCAUGUUCACUUGCUGCAAAGAAACAUAUAGCUUCCACCGUCAGCAUCGUGGAUGUGAAGGAUGUGGGAGUUUCAAGUUUUUCGAAGCCUGCAAGGCUUCUCUUUCUGGAAAUUCAGAAGAUAGACAGUCACUAUUAUCCAGAGACGUUGCAUCGCCUUUUUAUCAUUAAUGCUGGUUCUGGAUUCAAAGUCCUGUGGAAAGCAAUCAAGGCAUUUCUUGAUCAACGCACCCUAGCAAAGAUUCAAGUGCUCGGGAGCAACUACACGAAGACCUUACUAGAAGUUAUUGAUCCAAGUAAUCUUCCAACUUUCCUCGGUGGCAACUGCACAUGUUCCGACUAUGGAGGCUGCCUCUUUAGCGAUAAAGGACCAUGGAAUGAUCCUUCAGUUACAACUAUAUUUCAGGCAAUGCUUGAAGCCGAAGAGGAGAAUAUCGACGAUGAAGAGCAGAAUUGUUCUGCUUCAAAAGAUUCCUUUGAUGGUUUUACUCCGGAUAAUGUAAGUAUUAAGGAUGUCUAUGAUGGGACUCCAUCAACAGAAGAUACUUUUGGACUGCCAGUUCUACAGAAGAUCCUAACACUUCAAAGUGUUGUCAAUGACACAAAAUCAAAAAUCCAGGCAUUGGAAGCUGCUCUUAAGGACACAACAUCGGUGAUAGAAGGACUUGGACAACCAAUUGAAGAGCUGAAAAAACAUAUUUUAGUAUCAAAGUUAAGAGCUUGAGUUACCAAAUGAAGAAUUUCAACCUUUUUUUUU